CUUCACUUUUUGUCUAUCACUCUGCCGCACUUCUCGUGUGCCUUCGGAAGAACUCUCCUGGUCAAAGAUCUAAAUCGAAGGGAGACGUUUUUCCGAUAAGCCAUGGCUCUGGUCUUGCAUGCAGGGAAAACGAACAAAAAUGCUUACAAGACACUCAUUGCUGCGGAGUACAGCGGUAUCAAAGUUGAACUGGCUCAGAACUUUGAGAUGGGUGUCUCCAACAAGACUCCCGAGUUCCUUAAGAUGAACCCUAUCGGGAAGGUUCCCGUGUUGGAAACACCUGAUGGUCCUGUAUUUGAGAGCAAUGCCAUAGCACGUUAUGUCACACGAUUGAAGGCUGACAACCCCCUUUAUGGCUCUUCUCCAAUUGAAUAUGGCCACAUUGAGCAGUGGAUUGAUUUUGCAUCAUUGGAGAUUGAUGCUAAUAUUGGGCAUUGGUUUAGACCAAGGAUGGGACGUGCUGUAUACCUUCCACCGUUUGAGGAGGCUGCAAUUGCUGCAUUGAAGAGAGCAUUAGGUGCUUUGAACACACAUCUUGCUUCAAACACUUUCCUGGUUGGGCAUUCUGUCACCCUGGCUGACAUUGUCAUGACAUGCAAUUUGUAUAUGGGAUUCAGUCGGCUCAUGACUAAGAGCUUUACCUCGGAGUUCCCUCAUGUUGAGAGAUACUUCUGGACCAUGGUUAAUCAACCAAAUUUCAGCAAGAUCUUGGGUGAGGUAGAGCAAACUGCAUCAGUCCCACCUGUUUCGUCUGCAAAGAAGCCUGCCCUGCCAAAAGAACAUGCCAAACCAAAGCACAAGGAUGAACCAAAGAAAGAAGUCAAGAAGGAGCCAGCAAAGCCCAAAGAGGCUCCUGUUGGGGAAGAGGAAGAAGCACCAAAACCCAAACCUAAGAAUCCUCUUGAUCUGCUGCCCCCAAGUAAGAUGAUUCUGGAUGAAUGGAAGAGACUCUACUCAAAUACCAAGACCAAUUUCCGUGAGGUUGCAAUUAAAGGAUUCUGGGACAUGUAUGAUCCCGAGGGAUAUUCUCUUUGGUUCUGUGAUUACAAAUACAAUGACGAGAAUACCGUCUCAUUCGUAACUCUGAACAAGGUUGGUGGAUUCCUUCAGCGGAUGGAUCUGGCACGCAAGUAUGCUUUUGGGAAGAUGCUUGUAAUCGGCUCAGAGGCCCCAUUCAAGGUGAAGGGGCUGUGGCUUUUCCGCGGGCAAGAGAUACCUCAAUUUAUAAUUGAUGAGUGCUAUGACAUGGAACUCUAUGAGUGGAAGAAGGUUGACAUCUCGGAUGAGGCCCAAAAGGAGCGUGUGAAUCAGAUGAUAGAAGAUCAGGAGCCUUUUGAGGGAGAGGCUCUUCUGGAUGCCAAGUGCUUCAAGUGAGAAAACCAUCCCUAGCUGAAAGGAUAUGUUUUUGUUUUUUAUUUUCCUGGUAGAGCUUGUUCUCUCUUCCUUUCCUAGACAGAUUGAAUCCUUAGUUUAUAUUUGUUAUUUAAGUGAUACGUUACCUAUCAAAAAAAAAAAUUGUUAUUUAAGUGAUAUGUUGAUUUCUAUGCUUGUUUGUGAA